AUGGCGUUUUUCCUUAAUGCCCUACGAUCAAGAUGGCGACAUCGUUACAGCGUAGAGGACCUCUCCCCACAGGAACCUGUCCACACCGUAUCUUGUAUCUCAUUGACGGAUCUAUCGGACAAGAAAGUCCGUCCAGUGUCCGUGUUUUCAGAACCAGGGUCUUUCGUCUUAGAUAAGAAACCUAGGGGAUCAAAACGUCCCCUGUCGUCUGCCUCACAACUCUCCUGGAACGUCGAGUCCGAGCUGAAGGCGGGAGGCAGCUCGCUGAGCAUUUCAGAUGGCGGUUAUUCAUCCAUGAACGAGAGUUUGGAGUCUCUAUCACGUACUGAUAGCAUACAGAACAGGUCUUUACGUAUCUGGAGAAAGAGGCGGCCAUGGUUGGUGAAGAAACAUCAGUUGACAGGACAAGAAAGUGACAGUUCAAUGUCGAUGGACAAAGGCUCGUCAGAGAACAUUCUAGAACGUGUCGAGGAGACAUCAAAUGAAAACGUUGUUGAGGAGAACAACUUGCCCAAAACCCGACCGCGAUCUGUUCAUUUCGAUACAUCACUGUCUGACUUGGAUGACGAUGACAAAGAAAAUACAGAAACAAACAAUGGAUAUAUCGGGAGUGUAUCACGACAGAGCAGUAUCCGCCUUAAGUCAUGGCAGAUACGGCGCCAGAGACGUGCCUUGAAAAAGAAGAGCGAGCGAUCUAAUCGACGUUCUGGUCUGAAGCUCAACGAACUCUCACACGAACUCUCACACGAACUCUCACAUGAACACCAGAACAAUAACGAAACAAAUCCAUGUUCGAGUCCAGGGCUCAACGAACUCGCAAGUGAACGACAGUCGUGA